AUGUACAAUGGUAGCGGUGUACAGGAAGGUAUAGAUGAUAUGCUUGCCCUUUAUACCUUUCUUGGUUCGAUUCUUUUCAUUGUUGCGUUUGUAUGCUUUAUGAGUUGCAUUCGUGUAGUAGUGGAGGUGUUAUUGGAACAGCGAAGCGAGGAGCCGUCGACGAACGGUCAAAAUAAAAUUCAGCGUUACGGAUUCAAAAUCGGCGAUGCUAUGCCCAGUAAUCCUUUGGUACGAAGGUUUCGUCGUUUGCUAACUGAAGGAGGGAGCACUGGCAAUGCCCUGGUUAAUUCCUCAAAGGCGCGAGGGGCUACGUCUGACGAUGUAGUGAUAUGCCAUCGUUGCAAUCAACACAUUCGAUUAGCAAUUUUGAAAAGCCACAUAAUGCCCACAUCAUCUCAACCACUUCCAUUAAAUCUACAUCAUACUUCCCAUGAGCUACCAAAACUUACCAAGGCAGUACUUGCAGAGAAUACUGUUGGUACGUUGGAUGCCUAUCAAACUCCUUCUGAUGACCCAGCGGUUAUUUUGUUACCUUGCAACCACUGCGUGUGCUAUGCAUGUUUGGGUUUGUCCGCGAGACCUGUGGCGGAAGAUAUUGACCCUUCAUCGUUCGAAAAUCUACCAAAUACGCCAUCGAUGUCGCCGACCAUGGUGCCAUUUGUAUCCCAAACAGCGGAAGACGCUGCCCCCAGUGCUGCGCCUGUCCAGGAUGUUGCAGCGGAGGAGGCAGGGGACACCGCUCUCAUGCGAGUACGGACAAACACGUCUGAGGUGAAUAAUGCCACGGGUUUGGAGGCAUCGCAAGUGCCGGUAUGCCCUCCCAAUCAGACUGUCUCAGUUAACAACCAUACCGAUUUCACCCUUGAAGAGGCUAUUGCCAAAUGUUUUAGUAGGGACAAAUGCACUUCAUGUGGACAGAAGAUAUCUGAAUAUUUAUUAACAUCUAAAGUUCGGUUGAUAUAG